UCGGCCCGAUUAAUUGGGGGCGCCUCCCCAAACUACCAACUCCUGGAGAGGUACUCCUUAAAAAAAAAAAAAAAAAAACAACUACCAACUCCUCUUCGGCAGUUCUCCUUCUUCAACCUCCUCCUUUCUGGCACGAUUGCUCCUGGAGAGGUACCGUUGCAGGUAUUCAGUCGCUAUUUCGCUGCUUGCGUCGUUAGUUCGAGCAAUAGAAAUGGAUGAGAAUUUGGAUGGCUUUGUAGUUGGCUCUGUGCCCACGGUCAUAUACAUUCCUGAAUUCAUCAAUGAUUCUGAGCAAACCCAGCUUUACAAUCAUAUUUAUCAAGCACCUAUUUCAAAGUGGAAAACACUUAAGAAUCGGAGGUUACAGAAUUGGGGGGGUGUAGUCCAUGAGAAGGGACUUAUUAGUCAAGAUUUGCCUCCAUGGCUAACCAGAAUAACACAAAGGAUACAUGAAAAGCUUGGGAUUUUCCCUGCCUCCCCUAAUCAUGUUCUUAUCAAUGAAUACCUUCCUGAUCAAGGCAUAAUGUCUCACCAAGACGGACCAGCUUAUUUUCCAGCUGCAUCAAUCCUUUCUCUCGGAUCACCUGUGGUGAUGAACUUCACUCCUCACUUGAAAUUAUCUGAAUGCAAUGGUGCAACUGAAUCUGAAGGUAGCUCACAAAAUUCUGGAAAAUCUACAGCAGCACUGUUGAACAGCCCCAGUAGCUUUUCUCUUUUGCUGAUGCCUGGGAGUCUACUGAUAUUUAAGGACCUUGCUUACUCGGAUUACUUGCAUGGCAUAGAAGAUAAUGCAGUUCAAUCUUUUGAUGGUGCUGUGAAUCUAACUAAAGCUGUGAAGGAUUCUGUUUCUGUUUCUGAUGAACUUUUUCCAGGCCUCACUUGUGCAGAGAAAACUAAAUCGGGAGAUGCCAAUAUUUUACGUCGAACAACCAAGAGGGUUUCAUUGACUUGCCGGCUGGUAUUGAAGGUUCUUAUACUAAUGAAGACCGGAAUGACAUCACCAUUGGUUGGUAAACUCAUGAUCGUCAUUGGAGCUGGUGGUGCGGGUAAGGCGCUUACCUAUGGUGGAACAUCCAAAGGCGCUAGGACCUGUAAACUCAAAGAUAAUAGUUGGAAAAUCUUGGCUUACUCGAGGUCCCUUGGUAUAGCAAAGAUCGAAGUUUAAUUCCUUGGUUCUUCGCCAACCAUACCUUGCGAAGAAAUCAAUGACGGCUGACUUCAAUUCUUGAUAUACAGUUGUAGGUAGUAAUGUAUAUGGUGCACCAGAAUCAAUGAUGAAGCCUGUAAGAGUUGUUUGAGGGACGCGGUACUGCUUUGCACAAAUAGACUUGUCAAACAAAAGUCUUCUACCAUUCACAACAAUGCCGCGCAAGAAUAAAUAGUAGUGUGUUGAUGGAUUCAUGUGAAUUUGUUGGGCACGAGGCCCUGCUUGAGCACUAGCACCAAAAUAGAUGGUAGAGAUGCCAGGAUUUGUCUCUGCCCACGAUGUUAGGCAGUACGAAAAUCGACCUUGGGUUACACCGUCUAACUGGGUAAGGAAUGAUUGUGGACCGGGUACAAGUCCCAUGAUCCCGGCUAUAAGGUUUUGGGGACCCUUGUUCAACCCGAAGUUGAAAUUUGUGUUUGCGAGACCACACCCAAAUGCUAGACCUAGAUAAUCUUCGGGUUUUUGGGUUUUCGGGUUUGUGAAACGAAAUGUGUCAGUCCCCAUAAGACCUAUUGAAGUGGCUCUUCUUCCAUAUUCUCUUGAGUAGCCACACGCCCAAUGAUAAAGAAAUUUAGGAUUGCAUCGCGGGUCAUCUACACUUAGCAACUUAUAAGAAACCGAGGCAUUGGGUCGGAUGUUUCCACCCUUUACCUCGAAACACGGGUUGCAACCAUCACAUUGGAUCCAAGUCUUAUCAUCCCCUGAGUCCAAGAUUACAUAAGGGGAGGAAAAUUGGCCUGUGCCAAAAAAUAGUUGGGUUACGAAAUAAUUGCUUGGCAUCAAAUAUGUGGUCGCUUCAAUUGUGUUUAUACUUGAAUUUGAGUCGCUUCUUGUAGAAUAUGAUAGUGCUCGUGCCAACGAUAUGUUUUUGAGGAAUUGAUAGCGUUCUUGGGUGGUUAAACUUUGAGGUAAAAUUUGUAAAUGGGGUGAAUCUAAAGGGAUCAUAGGUAAGGAGAAUGUGUUGGUUCUAGUAAAUAACAUGGAAGUAAAGAAAAUGUAUAAGAAAGUUAUAAGGAUUGUUGAAGCCAUUUUCUAGCUUCUUAAAUGGAGUGGGUUGAUGUAUUA